CUUCCUGUGCCCCAGCCUCAAUUUUUCUCCAGCAUCUGGAGGGUGUUCUCUCCUCACCGGGACAUCCUUUGAGGAUACUUAUUGUGGGAUUCAGGGAGGGGUGCAGUGAAGGACGCUGCAAAGGCACAGACUGCAGGGGGCAAUCUGUGAAGUUGCGCCCCAGGGGUGCCCUGGGCCCCUGGACACGCGAAAGGGGACCACUUGCAGUUUUACAGACUAACAGUGACUUCCCACCUUUCAAGAAUUUUCCAAAGAAAUACAGCUCCCAGCUAGAGCGAGGCCCGAGUACUGCCUUGAUCCAGGAUGGCCAGGGAAUCGAAGGAAAGUACAGCCUUGGAUGCCCAGUCUGCAGAGGACCAGACGGGGAUCCUGAUGGUGAAGGUGGAGAAGGAGGAAGCCUCCGCCUUGGCUGCAGAGGCGGGAGCAGCCGGCAGCCCGGCUCCCGGCCCCGAGCACUUGCGCCAGCGCUUCCGAGGCUUCCGCUACCCGGAGGCUGAGGGGCCCCGCGAGGCGCUGAGCCGGCUCCGGGAGCUCUGCCGGCUGUGGCUGCGGCCUGAGAUGCACAGCAAGGAGCAGAUCCUGGAGCUGCUGGUGCUGGAGCAGUUCCUGACCAUCCUGCCUGGGAACCUGCAGAGCUGGGUGCGGGAGCAGCAUCCGGAGAGCGGGGAGGAGGUGGUGGUGCUCUUGGAAUAUUUGGAGAGGCAGUUGGAUGAGCCGAUGCAGCAGGUCCCAGGUGGUGAUCAGGGGCAAAAACUACUCUGUUGCAAGAUGGCAGUGUUGACGUCGGCUCAGAGAUCACGAAAUGCCCAGUUCCAGCCGAUGAAGACACUGCUCAAGCAGGAAUCUCUGCUAUCCCAGUCCUUACCAGACAGAGUUCUCCAGGUUCCAGGACUUGCCCUGGGAGGGCGCUGCAGAGAAGAGGCCGUGAGAGCUGCCAGGCUCGCCCUGGAGUCCCAGGGGCCUCUGAAAAUGGAAGAGGUGGCCCCGACUCUCACUCCUGGAUGGACACAGCUGGAUUCGUCUCAGGUGAACUACAGAGAUGAAAGGCAGGAGAACUGGGGCCGCCUGAUCUCCCUGGGUGGUGAAAUGCAGACGAAGGUCAGGGACCUGCCUGCGGAUGAGGAACAUCCAGAGCAGGAGCAUGGGCAGACACCCUGCCACCUGGGGGAAGCCAUCGGCCAGAUUCCUGCACGUGCGGAAGCUGGUGAACAGGAGGGCAGGUUACAAAGAAAGCAGAAAAGUGCCACAGGGAAUCGGCGGCACUACUGUCACGAAUGUGGAAAGAGUUUUGCUCAGAGUUCGGGCCUGACGAAGCACAGAAGAAUCCACACCGGGGAGAAACCUUAUGAGUGUGAAGACUGCGGCAAGACCUUUAUCGGGAGCUCUGCCCUCGUCAUUCAUCAGAGAGUCCACACGGGUGAGAAGCCCUACGAGUGUGAAGAAUGUGGCAAGGUCUUCAGUCACAGUUCGAACCUCAUCAAACACCAGAGAACUCACACUGGGGAGAAGCCCUACGAGUGUGAUGACUGCGGGAAAACCUUCAGCCAGAGCUGCAGCCUCCUUGAACAUCACAAAAUCCACACCGGGGAGAAGCCAUACCAGUGCAACACAUGUGGCAAAGCCUUUCGGCGGAAUUCACAUCUCCUGAGACAUCAGAGGAUCCACAACGAUAAAAGUGUUCAGAAUCCUGACCACGGAGAGACCUGGGAGAGUCAGGGUAGGAUGGAGAGCUCAUGGGAGAAUGCUGAGGCUCCUUCCGUGUCUUAUAAGUGUAAUGAGUGUGAGAGAAUUUUCACAAGGAAUAGAAGCCUUAUUGAGCAUCAGAAAAUCCACACUGGUGAGAAGCCCUAUCAGUGUGACGCAUGUGGAAAAGGCUUCACCCGAACUUCAUACCUUGUUCAACAUCAGAGAAGCCACGUGGGGAAGAAAAUUCUAUCACCGUGACACACGUAUUAGGUGCCAGACUUGGUGCUCGUUCUGCGUUGAACUGAAUCCACCCUGGAGCCCCUGCUGAAUGGAAAAUUAUGGGCUGGGCUUUAUCUACCACUGCACAUCGUCAGGUGCUUGUUGGAAAAUAUACAGUUUGGCUGAGAUGAAUUAUCUUCUACAUUCCAGAAAAAACAAAAAAACUUGUUUGAUAGGAGGCUAUGGGAGACUUGUCUGGAAGAGGUAGGACCUGAAAUGGUUCUCACCUUUUGGACUUAAAUGGGCUUCCAGACUAGAGAAUCACCCUCGGCCAGCACUUGAUGACCUCCCCUGGGUGGAGGGCUCUGAUCUGGGGGACUGCUGCUGUGACUAUUCCUAUUGCCUGUGAUGACUCCCUCACCAGUUGUUCGGAUCGAUGAUGUCUUAUACCCUACAUUGUGCCUUGCAUAUAGGUGCUCUAAACAUUUAUUAAAUAUACCAGUAAAAUGACCUUCAUAGCUCUGAAAAAUUAAUGUUGCCUGCAUUCCUGAGGAUUUUCUAAGGCCAUUUUGUUUGUGUCUAAGUCUCUGAGGUUCUAGAUUCUGGGUCAAUCUAGUAUAUUUAUUGCCAAGUACAUAAGAUUGUCAGAGUUGGGGUGGAAGAAUCCAUAUUUCUUCACCAGCAUAGUAGUUAGAGUAAGAAUGCCUUAAAUAGUUUCUUUAUCAUUAAGACAUUGUGAGACUGCUCCAUCCAUACAACUCCAUUCUGCAGUCAACAUUAACUACAUUAGUUCAAGUUAACGUGCUGCUGUUUAGGGGGAAACCUUUCACAUUCAGGUAAAUAAAAAUCAAUUUAUCAAGUCAGAUGAAAAUGAUUAUGCAUCUUGAUAGAAAUUCUAGGAUGCUCAACAGAUGUUUCUCACUCUUCAGUUAUCUUGGGCCUAAGCAAGUGCCAAGACACCACCCACCUUCCUCUCUCCCAACUCAGAGCCAACUGUGCAUCGAGGAUUAUGCCAGCCAAGCUUAAAUUUCCUCCAGGUCAGAGGAGUCACACUAAAUAUUUACAACAAGUAGCAUUCAUGUUUUCAAAACUUCCCUGUGGCUGGGGACAGCAAGAUUGGGUCAGAGGCAGCCAAUGACGCUACAGACUCAAAUACGGGCGAUAGAAGAAAAGAGAGCCUUUCAGAAGCACCUUGGGAAUCCUGGGGAUCUGAUCAGACUGAUUCCACAACAUUCAAAGAAUCAACAUGUGAAGGCAAGACUCUCAAAAGAAUUUCAAGAUAGCUCCUGUUUUCACCCUGAUCACCUUCUAAGUUCUUCAAAAACAGACCUCCUUCCUCUGUGCCUGAGUUCAUAUCUCCAGCUUCUGGCUUUACUGGGCGGUGUCAAGAAUGUAUUCUGCUUCUGAUGAAGUCAGUGACCACAUUGGGUUCACUCACCAGCAUGGUGUCUCUUCUGUUCUCAAGUACCCUCUGGAUUCCUGCUCUGAUGUACCCCAGGCUGACUAGGGACUUUGCAAACCAUAGGGCUCUCCCUUUAUCACUUCCCUGCAAUCUUUCCUUGCCUUCCUUAGCCCCUCAUUGCAGUCUAAUCUGAGACUUUAGCUUCCCAAAAAUCCUGUAGACAUUCCCCACUGAAUGUUUUCUAGCCUUUUAAAAUUUCCUUUUAAGUUAACCGUAUUUUUGUUAGCUCCACAAAGCUAGCUAUUUCCUUUUCUCUCCUAUCUUUAUUUUUCCUAAAUAUUUGCUAAUAGCUCUGAUCUUAAACACUGUUCAUUUUUCUUUGGUAUUUAAUUGUUUCUUCUGUCAUAUGAAGAGAUAUAUAUGAAAGCCUUUUACAAACCAGAGAGCAUUAUACACUUAAUAACUAUAACUUAGUGAGAUUAACAAAGGACCACCAUGCCCCCUUUCAAUCUUUUUGCUCUUCCCGAACCUAAAAGACUUCUCCAUUGAGGAGAGAAAAAUUAUAGAGAAAUACUUCUGAGUGCCUGCUUGGCCUGACAGUGAAAGGAACAAAGCAGAUACACACACACACAUACACACACUUGGGCUUAGGCUUCUAGCGUAAUAACAUUGAUAAGAUCUGCACAUGAACAUAAGUGAGUGGUAAACUUAAUGCUGUGGAAGUUCAGUGGAGGGGACUGACUUCUGUGGAGUCGAGCUGUGUGCUGUCCUUAUUACGUGGACAGGGUGACAUGUUAGCUGAAAAGACUAAAGGAGUUUGUCAAAUUUAGAGAAUGGGGCAACCCUGAAGAGGUAGGUAUAUGGUAGGGGCCUUCAGCACCAGAGCAAGGAGCUAAAAUUUUAUUCAGUAACACUAGGGAGCCAGUGACAUUUUAUGAUGAUUUUAUGAUUAAAAAAAAAAUUAGGAAACUAUCUGGCAGUACUGUGUAGUUUCAGGUAAAAUAAGUUACUUUGUUACUAGGCUUUUAGACACCCUGAUUUUGUAUAAAACAAAGGUAUGUUUAUAAGUAAGUGAAUUAUAAAAUGGGUUUAAAUCUAGUCUAUUUAAAAGGAUGGCCAAAAAAACUUUUAGAUGAAAUUAGGCCCAGUAAAAUCUGCUGCUUAGUUGACAUAUAAGCAGUACAUAAAGUGGAAUAAAAUGCUACUUUUCAUGCACUGAAAAGUUAUUCUUAGGAAUUUUAACAUCUAUUAGUUAGCCAUUGUAUUUCAUUUCUCCAACUAAAGUAAUGCAGAAAUUCUCCAUUUUAUUUUUCCUCCCUUUUCGUGAAUAGCUGGUUAUAGCAUAUUUUUUUCUACUUAGGUAGAAUGAAUAGUUAUCAUGAAAAGAGUUUUUGAUGACAAGCCCUCCUAGAUGUGUUCUUAAUUUUGGUAAAGAUGUGUAUAAUCCUUCAACCUAUUUCUCUGCCUUUUCCUUUAGUAAAAAAAAAAAAAAGAAAAAAGUUGGCAUGUCAACUUACCUCCCAGCGUUGUGAGGAUCUGCUCAUCCAAAUGAAAAGUGCUGGGUAAAUAAUCUGCAAAUGUUAAUAUUGAUAGAGAAAUGGAGAUUAAACACUUCUUUAGCCAAAACCUCUAUAUAUUGGAAUGACAAUUGUUUAAUAUAAAGCCUUUCUGAAAAAAGUGUCCUGACACAAGUGUAUCACAGUGUUGAUCUCUUAACGGUGUCCCCAAAUAGCUCAAAUAUCCAGUUACCAAAAUAUCUCAAAUAUCCAUCUCAAUUAUUCAUAAUGAGAACUUUAACCACUCAUUAAAAUUAUCUACUUUUCUCUAACCACCCUUUUUAGUCUAUCUUUUGAUUUUCCUCAUGGUAGUUAAAAUUGGGUCUGAUGGAUUCAGAUGAGGAAACUCUCUUCCAGUCAUCUUUGUAGAUAUUGUGUCUAUCUGGCAUGUUUCAGAUGGAGUUGCUACCACAGGAAUAUUUGGGCAUGACUACUUUCCUGUGAACUUUUUUGUUGACAUACCACUUUUUUGUAGAAACAUAAUUUUAUGUCUGCACCUACUCACAUUUCUCACUUCGUUGAUGUCAUAGCAAUGCCUCUCAAUUUACCACAUCAACCUAAGACCUUGGAAUUUGAACACAGGAAGAGUUCUGGUCUACUCUUCCAAUUCAUGGCUGAACACCAUGAUCUAUUCCUGCCUGUUCUAUGUAUUUUGUCUAUUAGGAAAUUGGGUUGUCAUUCCAAAUCCUAUGCACACCUUCCCAAAUCCCCAUUGUUAUUCCAAUUUCUAAGGUACUUCAAGAUUUUCAAAGGUCUAGGGAAAAAAAUCUGAA